AUGGCGUCCGCACUGAUGGCUUGGGUUUGGCUCGGAUUAAUGCUAGCCCAGCUCAACAAGACAGGAAGCCACAGCUCCAACGACUGCAGCCCCCACGACUGGAUCUCCAACCACUGCGGCCCCAACUACGGCAGCUCCAACGACUGCGGCUCCAACCACAGCUGCCCCCACAACUGCGGCUCCUACAACUGCGGCUCCUACAACUGCUGCUCCUACAACCGCUGCCCCAACGACUGCAGCCCCCACAACUGCAUCUCCAACCACAGCUGCCCCCACGACUGCAGCUCCCACUACUGUUGCCCCAACCACCUGCCCCCACGACCGCGGCUCCUACAACCGCUGCCCCAACGACUGGAGCUCCAACAACUCUGCCCCCACGACUUCAGCCCCCACGACUGUGGCCCCGACCACUGCAGCCCCCACGACUGCGGCCCCAACUACGGCAGCUCCAACCACAGCUGCUCCUACAACCGCUGCCCCAACGACUGCAGCCCCCACAACUGCAUCUCCAACCACAGCUGCCCCCACGACUGCAGCUCCCACUACUGUUGCCCCAACCACGUCAGCCCCCACCACUGCGGCCCCAACCACGGCAGCGCCAACGACUGCAGCCCCCACGACUGCAUCUCCAACCACAGCUGCCCCCACAACUGCAGCCCCAACUACGGCAGCUGCAACGACUGCGGCUCCAACCACUGCUGCCCCCACGACUGCGGCUCCUACAACUGCUGCUCCUACAACCGCUGCCCCAACGACUGCAGCCCCCACGACUCUGCCCCCACGACUGCAGCUCCCACUACUGUUGCCCCAACCACCCCCCACGACUGCGGCCCCAACUACGGCAGCUCCAACCACAGCUGCUCCUACAAACGCUGCCCCAACGACUGCAGCCCCCACAACUGCAUCUCCAACCACAGCUGCCCCCACGACUGCAGCUCCCACUACUGUUGCUCCAACCACGUCAGCCCCCACCACUGCGGCCCCAACCACGGCAGCGCCAACGACUGCAGCCCCCACGACUGCAUCUCCAACCACAGCUGCCCCCACAACUGCGGCCCCAACUACGGCAGCUGCAACGACUGCGGCUCCAACCACUGCUGCCCCCACGACUGCGGCUCCUACAACUGCUGCUCCUACAACCGCUGCCCCAACGACUGCAGCCCCCACGACUACAACUGCAGCCCCGACAACUUCAGCUCCCACUACUGCAGCUCCGACUGCAGCCCCCACAACUUCAGCCCCGACCACAGCUGCCCCCACGACUGCGGCACCCACUACUGCAGCCCCCACGACUGCGGCUCCAACCACUGCAGCCCCCACGACUGCGGCCCCGACCACUGCAGCUCCAACGACUGCGGCCCCGACCACUGCAGCUCCAACGACUGCGGCCCCAACCACAGCAGCCCCCACGACUGUGGCCCCAACUACGGCAGCUCCAACGACUGCGGCCCCAACUACAGCUGCCCCCACGACUGCGGCUCCAACCACGGCUGCCCCCACGACUGCGGCUCCUUCAACCGCAGCUCCCACGACCGCAGCCCCGACCACUGCUGCCCCCACGACCGCAGCCCCCACCACUGCGGCCCCAACAACGGCAGCUCCAACGACUGCGGCUCCGACCACAGCUGCCCCCACGACUGCGGCUCCUUCAACCACAGCUCCCACGACCGCAGCCCCGACCACUGCUGCCCCCACGACCGCAGCCCCCACCACUGCGGCCCCAACGACUGCAGCCCCCACGACUGCAUCUCCAACCACAGCUGCCCCCACGACUGCCCCUCCCACUACUGUGGCCCCAACCACAGCUGCCCCUACGACUGCUGCCCCCACGACUGCGGCCCCGACCACUGCAGCGCCCACGACUGCGGCCCCGACCACUGCAGCCCCCACAACUGUGGCCCCAACUACGGCAGCUCCAACGACUGCGGCUCCAACCACAGCUGCCCCCACGACUGCGGCUCCUUCAACCGCAGCUCCCACGACCGCAGCCCCGACUGUGGCUCCAACGACCGCGGCACCGACCACUGCAGCCCCCACCACUGCGGCUCCCACUACUGCAGUCCCAACCACAGCUGCCCCCACGACUGCGGCCCCCACGACUGCGGCUCCAACCACAGCUGCCCCCACGACUGCAGCUCCCACGACCGCAGCCCCGACCACUGCUGCCCCCACGACCGCAGCCCCCACCACUGCGGCCCCAACAACGGCAGCUCCAACGACUGCGGCUCCUACCACAGCUGCCCCCACGACUGCAGCCCCCACGACUGCGGCUCCAACCACUGCAGCCCCCACGACUGCGGCUCCGACCACUGCGGCCCCGACCACUGCAGCUCCAACGACUGCGGCCCCGACCACUGCAGCUCCAACGACUGCGGCUCCAACCACUGCAGCUCCAACGACUGCGGCUCCGACCACAGCAGCCCCCACGACUGCGGCUCCAACCACAGCAGCCCCAACAACGGCAGCUCCAACCACAGCUGCCCCCACGACUGCGGCUCCUUCAACCGCAGCUCCCACGACCGCAGCCCCGACCACUGCUGCCCCCACGACCGCAGCCCCCACCACUGCGGCCCCAACGACUGCAGCCCCCACGACUGCAUCUCCAACCACAGCUGCCCCCACGACUGCCCCUCCCACUACUGUGGCCCCAACCACAGCUGCCCCUACGACUGCUGCCCCUACAACCGCGGCCCCCACUGCAGCGCCCACGACUGCGGCCCCGACCACUGCAGCGCCCACGACUGCGGCCCCGACCACUGCAGCCCCCACAACUGUGGCCCCAACUACGGCAGCUCCAACGACUGCGGCUCCAACCACAGCUGCCCCCACGACUGCAGCCCCCACGACUGCGGCUCCGACCACUGCAGCCCCCACGACUGCGGCUCCGACCACUGCAGCCCCCACGACUGCGGCUCCGACCACUGCAGCCCCCACGACUGCGGCUCCGACCACAGCUGCCCCCACGACUGCAGCUCUAACGACUGCGGCUCCAACCACUGCAGCCCCCACGACUGCAGCUCCCACUACUGUUGCCCCAACCACGUCAGCCCCCACCACGGCGGCCCCAACCACAGCAGCUCCAACGACUGCGGCUCCAACCACAGCUGCCCCCACGACCGCGGCUCCUACAACUGCCGCUCCUACAACUGCUGCCUUAACGACUGCGGCCCCGACUACAGCUGCCCCCACGACUGCGGCUCCUACAACUGCGGCUCCUACAACCGCGGCCCCAACGACUGCAGCCCCAACGACUGCAUCUCCAACCACAGCUGCCCCCACGACUGCAGCUCCCACUACUGUUGCCCUAACCACGUCAGCCCCCACCACUGCGGCCCAAACCACGGCAGCUCCAACGACUGCAGCUCCAACCACAGCUGCCCCCACGACCGCGGCUCCUACAACUGCCGCUCCUACAACCGCUGCCCCCACGACUGCAGCUCCAACCACAGCUGCCCCCACGACUGCAGCUCCCACGACCGCAGCCCCGACCACUGCAGCUCCCACGACCGCAGCCCCGACCACUGCAGCUCCCACGACCGCAGCCCCGACCACUGCUGCCCCCACGACCGCAGCCCCGACCACUGCGGCCCCCACGACCGCAGCCCCGACCACUGCGGCCCCAACAACGGCAGCUUCAACGACUGCGGCUCCAACCACAGCUGCCGCCACGACUGCAGCUCCAACGACUGCGGCUCCAACCACAGCUGCCCCCACGACUGCUGCUCCUACAACCGCUGCCCCCACGACCGCGGCCCCGACCACUGCGGCCCCAACUACGGCAGCUCCAACGACUGCGACUCCAACCACAGCUGCCCCCACGACUGUGGCUCCCACUACUGUUGCCCCAACCACGUCAGCCCCGACCACUGCGGCCCCAACCACUGCAGCUCCAACGACUGCGGCUCCAACCACAGCUGCCCCCACGACCGCAGCCCCCACCACUGCGGCCCCAACAACGGCAGCUCCAACGACUGCGGCUCCAACCACAGCUGCCCCCACGACUGCGGCUCCAACCACUGCUGCCCCCACGACUGCGGCUCCUUCAACCGCAGCUCCCACGACCGCAGCCCCGACCACUGCUGCCCCCACGACCGCAGCCCCGACCACUGCGGCCCCAACAACGGCAGCUCCAACGACUGCGGCUCCAACCACAGCUGCCCCCACGACUGCGGCUCCUUCAACCGCAGCUCCCACGACCGCAGCCCCGACCACUGCUGCCCCAACGACUGCUGCCCCCACGACUGCCCCUCCCACUACUGUGGCCCCAACCACAGCUGCCCCUACGACUGCUGCCCCUACAACCGCGGCCCCCACGACUGCGGCCCCGACCACUGCAGAGCCCACGACUGCAGCCCCCACAACUGUGGCCCCAACUACGGCAGCUCCAACGACUGCAGCUCCAACGACUGCGGCUCCAACCACUGCAGCCCCCACGACUGCGGCUCCAACCACUGCAGCCCCCACGACUGCGGCUCCGACCACUGCAGCCCCCACGACUGCGGCUCCGACCACAGCUGCCCCCACGACUGCAGCUCUAACGACUGCGGCUCCAACCACUGCAGCCCCCACGACUGCAGCUCCCACUACUGUUGCCCCAACCACGUCAGCCCCCACCACGGCGGCCCCAACCACAGCAGCUCCAACCACAGGUGCCCCCACGACUGCAGCUCCAACGACUGCGGCUCCAACCACAGCUGCCCCCACGACUGCGGCUCCUACAACUGCGGCUCCUACAACCGCGGCCCCAACGACUGCGGCCCCAACGACUGCAUCUCCAACCACAGCUGCCCCCACGAUUGCAGCUCCCACUACUGUUGCCCCAACCACGUCAGCCCCCACCACUGCGGCCCAAACCACGGCAGCUCCAACGACUGCAGCUCCAACCACAGCUGCCCCCACGACCGCGGCUCCUACAACUGCUGCCCCCACGACUGCAUCUCCAACCACAGCUGCCCCCACGACUGCAUCUCCAACCACAGCUGCCCCCACGACCGCGGCUCCUACAACUGCCGCUCCUACAACCGCUGCCCCCACGACUGCAGCUCCAACCACAGCUGCCCCCACGACCGCAGCCCCGACCACUGCGGCCCCCACGACCGCAGCACCGACCACUGCGGCCCCCACGACCGCAGCCCCGACCACUGCGGCCCCAACAACGGCAGCUCCAACGACUGCGGCUCCAACCACAGCUGCCGCCACGACUGCAGCUCCAACGACUGCGGCUCCAACCACAGCUGCCCCCACGACUGCUGCUCCUACAACCGCUGCCCCCACGACCGCGGCCCCGACCACUGCGGCCCCCACCACAGCUGCCCCCACGACUGCAGCUCCCACUACUGUUGCCCCAACCACGUCAGCCCCCACCACUGCGGCCCCAACCACGGCAGCUCCAACGACUGCAGCUCCAACCACAGCUGCCCCCACGACCGCGGCUCCUACAACUGCCGCUCCUACAACCGCUGCCCCCACGACUGCAGCUCCAACCACAGCUGCCCCCACGACUGCUGCUCCUACAACCGCUGCCCCGACCACUGCGGCCCCAACUACGGCAGCUCCAACGACUGUGGCUCCAACCACAGCUGCCCCCACGACUGUGGCUCCCACUACUGUUGCCCCAACCACGUCAGCCCCCACCACUGCGGCCCCAACCACGUCAGCCCCCACCACUGCGGCCCCAACCACAGCAGCUCCAACGACUGCAGCCCCCACGACUGCAGCUCCAACCACAGCUGCCCCCACGACUGCGGUUCCUACAACUGCCGCUCCUACUACCGCUGCCCCAACGACUGCGGCUCCAUCCACUGCAGCGCCCACGACUGCGGCUCCGACCACGGCUGCCCCCACGACUGCGGCUCCAACCACGGCUGCCCCCACGACUGCGGCUCCAACCACAGCUGCCCCCACGACUGCGGCUCCUACAACUGCUGCUCCUACAACCGCUGCCCCGACCACUGCAGCCCCUACAACUGGAGCUCCAACGACUGCAGCCCCCACGACUGCAUCUCCAACCACAGCUGCCCCCACGACUGCCCCUCCCACUACUGUGGCCCCAACCACAGCUGCCCCUACGACUGCUGCCCCUACAACUGCGGCCCCAACCACUGCAGCCCCCACAACUGCGGCCCCAACUACGGCAGCUCCAACGACUGCGGCUCCAACCACAGCUGCCCCCACGACUGCGGCUCCUUCAACUGCUGCUCCUACAACCGCUGCCCCCACGACUGCAGCCCCCACGACUGCGGCUCCUACAACUGCCGCUCCUACAACCGCAGCUCCCACGACCGCAGCCCCGACCACUGCUGCCCCCACGACCGCAGCCCCGACCACUGCUGCCCCCACGACCGCAGCCCCCACCACUGCGGCCCCAACCACGGCAGCUCCAACGACUGCGGCUCCAACCACAGCUGCCCCCACGACUGCAGCCCCCACGACUGCGGCUCCAACCACUGCAGCCCCCACGACUGCGGCUCCAACCACAGCUGCCCCCACGACUGCGGCUCCAACCAUAGCUGCCCCCACGACUGUGGCUCCUACAACUGCGGCCCCAACGACUGCAGCCCCCACGACUGCGGCUCCAACCACAGCUGCCCCCACGACUGCGGCUCCAACCACAGCUGCCCCCACGACUGCUGCUCCUACAACCGCGGCCCCAACGACUGCAGCCCCCACGACUGCAUCUCCAACCACAGCUGCCCCCACGACUGCAGCUCCCACUACUGUUGCCCCAACCACGUCAGCCCCCACCACUGCGGCCCCAACCACGGCAGCUCCAACGACUGCAGCUCCAACCACAGCUGCCCCCACGACCGCGGCUCCUACAACUGCCGCUCCUACAACCGCUGCCCCCACGACUGCAGCUCCAACCACAGCUGCCCCCACGACUGCAGCUCCCACGACCGCAGCCCCCACGACCGCAGCCCCGACCACUGCUGCCCCCACGACCGCAGCCCCGACCACUGCGGCCCCAACAACGGCAGCUCCAACGACUGCGGCUCCAACCACAGCUGCCGCCACGACUGCAGCUCCAACGACUGCGGCUCCAACCACAGCUGCCCCCACGACUGCUGCUCCUACAACCGCUGCCCCGACCACUGCGGCCCCAACUACGGCAGCUCCAACGACUGUGGCUCCAACCACAGCUGCCCCCACGACUGUGGCUCCCACUACUGUUGCCCCAACCACGUCAGCCCCCACCACUGCGGCCCCAACCACGUCAGCCCCCACCACUGCGGCCCCAACCACGUCAGCCCCCACCACUGCGGCCCCAACCACAGCAGCUCCAACGACUUACUGGAGAAGGAACACCCAGCCAAGCUCACCAUCAGCCGCUCGCACGACUGCUACUCCAACUACAGCAGCUCCCAUGGCAGUGGCUCUGACAACAGUGGUGCCAAUGACCUCGGCUCCAACAACUGCAGCCCCUACGACUGCAGCGCCAACCAAGACCGCGGCUCUGGCCACAGUGGCCCCCACGACUGCAUAUCCAUGUCUCCUAGGUGUGCAGAGUGGAUCGAUCCACUCCUAGGAGGCUUGAAUGCGGAGUGGACCGGUCCACUCCUGGGAAGCUACUAUUGUGUGCAAGUAUGCUAA